GAGGUAUUGGAGGUGUCAGCCAGCCUCCUUAGUAUUCACUCCAACACCCUGUGACUCACAGCCUCAGCCUGAGAGCGUGAGAAGGGUAGUGGUGGGGCUAGAGAUAGAAGAGAAAGAGGGAAAGAGAGAGCAGGACAAGAGGAGGCACUAUGAACAUCAGGCAGCAUUUUUUGUAGCCCCAGGCUCACGUGUUUAUAUCUGUAUGUGUUUGCAAGCAUGCCCGCCCAAGGGGAUUAAUUUUUUGACAGCUUUGUUAAGCCUUCUCUUAAGCGCUGAGCUUCUCAAUAACAUCGUGGCUGUGUGAUUUUCAGAACGUCUCUCUGUGAUUCCUCUUCACAAGGGAAGCUGGAGAGAGAGACAGAAAGAGAGAGGCAAAGACUAGUGCUCAACAUGACAGCAGGCAUUCUUUGAGUGGCUCCUCGGUGUGGAGGAAGUGGACCAUAAGAAGCUGGCUGUGAAGCUCCUCUUCAUUCACUGACUGCAUUGCUAUGGUCGAUAGUUAGAUUUUUCCGCAGCCCAUUUUCUGUGUCCGACUCUGUCUGUCAUUGUCUCAAUAUUCAAUCCUUCUGGUUGUCUCUUCUUGUCACUCAGCGUCUCUUCAUUCCUCUGUCAGUUUGUAUUUAGUUUAAUCUCUGCCCCUCCUUCUUCUGCUUCCUCCGCUCUGUCGCUUUCUAUUUAAUCUCUCCUUUUUGCUUGCUCCCCCCUCACUCCCACUCCCAGUCUCAAGUCCAUCCCCUUUGAUGAAACCGCAGAUGUUGAUAAGAAUGUGUAACUUUGUCUGGGUAGGUUGAAAAGAUGGAGGGAGGAAAGGAGAGAAGCACAAACGCGCACAGCUAAAAGGUUAAUCCCCUUACAAGUCCACACACACAUGGAGUCAAAGGGUAGCGAGGCGGAGGUAAUAAACAGCGAAUGCAACAGACAGACGCAAAAACCAGGCUCACUGUGAGGGGGAGAUGGGUGAGGAGUGUGUGGCAAAUAAAAGUGAGAAAUUGGUUUUGGGAGACAGCAUUUUCAGUCAAGCUCUGUCUCCCCUUCAUGACUUCCACUCUGCAUGAUGACAAGUGCCUGCUGCUGUUCCCAUUGGUCGAACCUGCCACCAAUCAGAGCAGAGGCAUGUAAGGUGCCUUUAGGUUAUAUCCAAUCCCUAAAAAACAAGGAGCAGAGAGAGGGAGAGAAAGCCAGAAUGGGAAAGGGAGUUGUGUGCUUCAUAGAGAGAGACCAAAGCAGAUGUUGACUUUAAAGUAGAUCGAACUGCUUUCCUUUUGAAGCUGUGAAGUGAUACAGUAGAGAGGAAACUGGUUGUCAGCUGUUUGUUGGAGACCACACCACAAUUCCUCCUGGCUGCUGUGGAGAAGAAGAUCUUGGCUCUGUAGUCUCCCCCCCUGCCAGCGUGAUUGGCUGUCACACUUUAGGCUCCCCCUUCUCUCUUUUUCUUUUUCACUCUCUCUCUCUCUCUCUCUGUCUCUGUCUCCUCUGUACUGUCCUGAGGCUUACCUGAGCCACCACUGCAGAAAAAGAGGACCCCCCUCCUCAUACACACACACACACACUCGCACUGUUUCUCUCUCACACACUCAGUUUUUCACCUGGAGAGAGCAGGCGCAAGGGACGGCAUGUGCAGCAGCAGCAGUCUCUCCUCACAUCUAGCCCUACCUCUCUGAGUUGCCUCUUUCUGGAGAGUGGAGAGCAACUCUGAAAAGACAUUUUGGAGCCAUUGUACCCUUGGAGAAAACAGGAGAGACGGGGGGCAGUGAGGGAACACUUGUCAACCCAGGGACACCAAAGGCAACGCAUAGCAAUGAUUUUGGGAGGCAUCAAUCGGGCUGGGGCAGCAGUGCCGACAUUCUUACGGACCCCCACAGUGAUCCAACCCCACUUGGACAUGAAGCCCUUCCUGCAGUUCCCAGUGGAGACCCCCCCUCCUCCACACAGCAUGAGCCUCUUCCACAACUUCAAUACGAUGGACCCGGUGCAAAAGGCUGUGAUCAACCACACCUUUGGAGUUCCUCUGAUCAAGACCAAGCGACCAGUCAUCUCCUGCAACGUCUGCCAGAUCCGCUUCAACUCAGAGAGCCAGGCAGAAGCCCACUACAAAGGGAACCGCCAUGCCAGGAGAGUCAAAGGCAUCGAGACCUCUAAGAGUCGUCCUCAAGAAGGAGACAAACCUCACACCCUGCCCCCCACCUCCUCCCCAUCUCCGCCUGGAGCUCCUGGCACAGCCCCAGACAGCGAGCCCAGCAAAGCAGGUACGAAACACAAAACUAUCCUGGAGGCACGGAGCGGGCUGGGCCCUAUAAAGGCAUAUCCUCGCCUGGGCCCCAAGCCCAGUGGAGAACAGGGAGGGGGGCCGGUGGACCCCAACACUCAGGAACGAACCUUCCACUGUGAGAUCUGCAACGUGCGGGUCAACUCUGAACUGCAACUAAAACAGCACAUAUCAAGUCGAAGGCACCGGGAUGGCAUGGCGGGCAAGCCUAACCCUCUCCUCAGCCGACACAAGAAGCACAGGGGAGCCGAUCUAACGUCUUCUUUGACCUUCUCCAAGGAUCUCACCAAAGCUUUGGGUGCCGGGCUGUUGCAACCCUUGGCGGUUGCGGCAGCAAUGGCCGCCGCAGCGUCCUCAAACCCACUGGCUCUCCGCGCGGCUGCUCCCGCACACCAUCCACCUCAUCACAUCUUGCAAGGCCCGCCUCUCAGUCACGCAAUCCUGAGACCUGCCCCGGGGCCCAUCCGCACCACCCACGGGCCAAUCCUCUUCUCUCCUUACUGACACAUAACCAUCUGACUUCAGCCAGUCAGGAACAUCCACUCCAAAAGCACACUGUGAAGCUACAAACAUGAUCAACUAACAGCAAUUGAUAAGGGGGGAAAAAAUCUGAUAAUAUAAAUAUCUGACUGAGAGAAUAGCAAGGGAACAGUGGAAAGGAGUACAAGCAUAUGUCUCUAUUUUUCCCUUUACCUGAAACUCUCCAUUCACUCUUCCUCCAUUUCAAAAGACUUUUUGAGUGAUCUGCAGAUGGAAUUAUCAGAGAGGGAUAGUCAUUAUGCAUCAAACUCCCUUGUACAUUUCUCACCUCCUGGUCCCUCCCUUGCACUGUGGCCCUCUCGUGGCCACCUCAAUAGCUACAGAAGAAACACAUGCAGACCUUUCUAGAAACGUUCAACCACAUGUAGUGUUACAUAAUUAUUCCGGGACAGGUUGUUUUUUCCACCUGUCAUCAUGGCUAAAUGUGUUCUUCUCAUCCUAUGCACCUCAAAAACAAAGACAAUAAUGUUAUGUCAGUAGGGUAGCUGCUUCCAUCAGUCUUUGCUGUGUGCGCCACAUGUAGCUGUACAGGCUUCAGCGGCACUGUACAUGUCCUGCUCCGUGCCGGAGGUCAGCAGCUCUCCAAUUUGUGACAUUAGGUCUCCGCUAGAUACAACAUGACUUUGGCUGACAGGCAGGUGGUAGCCACAUCCGAACAUGUCUGAUGGUUGGGGGGAUGAGUGGAGCAGAAAAGUGACUGUGGGGGAUUGUUCUUUGCUGUCAUUUCCUGAGAGGGUGAGGUGAGAGGAAGGCUGGCACGGGUCACUGGAUGGAUUCACCACAGGCAACUUGCAGACAUACACAGGCCUGGACAAAUAUGUGUUUUAAAAUAGAUUGUACCAACAAAAAUUGCUACAGGGCACAUCUGCCAACCUCCAUAACAGUCAGAGAAUAGGCUCACCAAAGGGGAGAGGAGACGAAAGAAGCAGCAGAAAUCACACAUUAAUACAUAGUUGUACUGCCGGGUUUAAACACUCGAUCACCAUCUUUAGCUUUGAUUGCAUUUUAUGGAAAGAAUUCUGCAGUUUUACGAACAGCAGUUUGAAAUAAAGUACUUGAGAGAGAGAAAAAGAGGAUAGGUGUUAUGCUUCAGCUUGGAUUAUUUCAAAGCCAAUCAUCAUCCUCACAUCUUGCUGGUCUUCGUUCGCAGGCCGACUGUGUAGGUGGCCAAGUAUGACUUGCGUACGACCCUUUGUCCGAAUUUUUUUCUGCAUGCCACCUCACAGCAGGAUGCUACACAGCAUUCUGCAUCACUCUGUUGACCUCUCCCAUUUCUGCACUAUCCUUCUCCUCAACUCCCUAUUAUCCAAAGGUUCAUAUGAGUUCAUAUGUGGGAGACACAUCAACACUGGCAACCAUGAUGCUGAAAGGCAACAAAUUAAAUAGAGGAAGUUGAAAGCCAAAUACAUUCUUUGACAAAUGAUCUUGAGCUGAAGCGACAACCAAGCCAGAAGCCCAGAGAAGCCGCCCGGAGCGGGAGCCGAGACGUCCAGCCCAAGGCAUCUAUUGAUACUUCCUGUCUUACAACUGAAAGCCAUGAAACACACCAUGAUUUGUUUUCUUUUACAAAGACUGGUGAGCACUUUGUUUUUCUUGUUUGGUUUGGACUGUUGGUUUACAUUUAUAUCACACAUUUAAAAAAAAAAGAGCAAAAUAGAAAACAUGAUAAAAAAAAUAUUUUUGUAGGUAGGAAAUGUUAUUAACGUCAUCAAGGGAAACAAGGAAAAGGGUGAAAUUAUCAGAGAGUGAAUUAUAUAAGGGACUCAGCCAGAAUGAUAUAAACAGGCAGAUCAAUUGACUCAGUGGGGAGCCACAAACACUAGCUAAGCAGCAGCAGCAGACUUAUCUUGCCUGACAGCUUGAAACUAACACCCUUUUCUGAACGAGAUGUACACUGUGCCCUUUCAUUGAGAAGCAAUGAGCUCUAAUGUCUUACCUUUGUCUGAAUAUUGCAAUGCAAUGAGCAAUUUUUAUCAGAGUGACUUGUUAUCAUUGUGACAUGUUGUGACAUAUUGUCUGGAGUCAUGUGUAAAGUGGGAGCACGCCAGCUGACUGACUUUUCUGUUCUUCCAUGAGGAGUGCAACUUCUUGAGGGGAUUGAGGUGGUGACGGAGAGACAGAGGUGUAGCUAGAGAUAGGGACUGACCCUUCAUAUUAAAGGGCCUUUUUACUAUGGUAAUCUCUGCUUGGGGAACAGGGUACAACACCAGGUAUCAAGGGAUUAAAGCUAGAUCUGUUCAACGGGUUUUUGUUUUAUUUGGACUUAACGAAUUGCAUUAUGUUGUUGUUUUUGGGGGUUUUUUUCUGUGUGUGAGAAAUAUGUCUAAGUGAAAAUCUAGAGGAACAUUAUCAAUGCCAUUACUUAAAAAGAGAAGCUGGCUCUGUGUCGGCUUCCACCAUUGUGCUCUUUUUGUUGCUGAACGUAAUCUUCAAGUUCAUUUUGUGAGUGAAAUGCUAUUCCAGGAUCCUUCUUUUCUUCCUGUUGGUGUGUGUACUAUAAGUAUUCUAGUGUGUGUUGGGACCUGCUCUCUCCCCACUCCCCACCAAUCAGAGACAGAGGCAGCCUGGAUCUAUAAAGUGGCCUAACACAACUAUGGGGACAAAAACCUGCGUGUGUUUGGUACGGUGAGAUUCAUCAGUCGUUCUGGAUUCAAGUCACAGAGUUGACCAAUAACCGAGCCUUAUCAAAGUACUGCAAAGAUGUCCCUGGUAGGUCAGUCAAGUAGCACCACAUGUUCAUAUUGUCCUUGAUAUGUUCAUAAAGUGGUAAAUACCAGAGAGUCAUUUUCAUCAUUCACAUGUGGGAAAUAAAUGGUAUUCCUAUUUUCUGGGCAGGUAUUUCAUGUUAGCUGUGUUUAGGCUACUAGCCUUAGCCUUAUUCUGCCCUCAGUCUUUCUCAGAGCAGAGAGAGAGAGAUGGAGAGGCUAUGGUGUAAUUUUGUCUUGCCAAUAAAUUUAUUUUUGAAUUUCAUUAUUAGAGGGACAAAGAGUUUGUAUGGCGAAUUGUAGCAAUACCUGACUCAUUCUGGCUACUCUUGUUUAUUGCAAUAAGAAAAUUAAACAAUAAAUGUGUAUGUGAGUAAAACAUUAUAAAUGUAAUUUAAAUGAAAAAGAAACUUUAUGGUAAGUACUACUGGUAUCAAGAGAAACCAUGGUGGAAAAAAGUAAAUGUCAAUAAAUCAUUAAAUGAUA